AUUUCUGCCACUUGCAUAAGUUGGAUAAAGAGAUGGAAAUUCAUGUUUAAUGUAUGAUAAAUUUCCUCAUAGCUGUGGAUACAACUUUUAUGACCUGAUUGAAAACAAUCAUGUUUAUGCCCUUUAAAGUACGCUUUAUUUCAGAGACAAGUGACAAACAGAGCAGUGCUUCAUGUACUGUUUUUGCACAUUUAAUUUUGAAACCACUAACAGAUAAAAAAACUUAACUUCAACUUCUAAUACGUGUGCAAAUCUUUAUGAUCUUUCAAUCUUAAAAUGCGAUAAAGUUCAGAGAUAAAUGACAAACAGAGCAGCGUCUUCUCUCUCCAGUACAGCAGGAGGCGCUGCAGCUCUUUAGUAUACAGAUAAACCCACUAAAGAAAGGAAAGAAAAAAGAAAGAGCGAGCUCGCUUGUGAUGUGUUUGUGUAUCCUCAGUGUUUUUCUCUCUUAAGUGUUUUAUUGAGUGUAAACCGAGUCUUUUCUCUGUGUUUUUUCGUGUUGAUGAUGGAUGUGAUGUGCUGUAAAUCAGGAACUGAUCAGGACUUACAGGAUGAUGAAUCUACUGAUCAAACCUCCACAGAGUCUCUGGAUUCUGUCUGUAAUGCUGGAGAACAGCAGCAGAUCCUGCAGACCAAACUCAACAUGUUUUCAGUCAAACCGGAGGACAGUGGGAACCAAAUGCAGAUUAUAACAGAAGCCACAGCAGAUAAAUAUGAAGACAAACAUCAUGAUGGCCAUGAUUUUAUUCUCUCAGAUGUGAAGAGUGAAUUAUGUUUGGAUGAAGAAAUAACAUCCUCGACCCUUUCCUGCAUCACCGGUGGAGAGACAUUGAGCUCACAGAGACAUUUAGAGAGAAAACACACAGAACAGAAAAUCUGCACCAGAUCUGAGAUCAGCUUAACUACCUUACAAGAGAAGAAACUUCAUUCACAAGAGCACAGAGAGAAGAAGUUGUUGUUUCACUGUCAGCAGUGUGGGAAGGAUUUUGACUUCUUAUCUAAGCUACAAGUUCACAUGAGGACACACACUGAUGAAAAGCCUUUCAACUGCACUGAAUGUGGCCAUUACUUCACCACCAAACACAGUCUUGAUUCUCAUAAGAGAAUUCACACAGGAGAAAAACCAUACGAGUGUCCUCACUGUGAGAAGAGAUUCAUACAAAAAUCUAAUUUGAGGAAACAUGUGUUUACACACACCAAAGACAGUCCGUAUCAGUGCAGUGAAUGUGGAAAAACCUUUAGUAAUUCAAGUCAAUUAAAAUCACACCAAAUACAACACACUAAAGAGAAACCCUUUCAAUGUUCACACUGUGAUAAACGGUUCAAUCGUAAAACUACUCUUACAGCCCAUCAGAUACUUCACACUGGAGAGAAACCUCAUCACUGUCAUGUCUGUGAGAAGAGUUUCAGUCGACGUGAACAUUUAGUGAAACAUCAGAGAACUCAUACAGGUGAAAAACCUUACAAAUGCUCUCAGUGUGAGAAGACGUUUGCUCAUUCAUCUCACUUUAAAGACCAUCAGAGAGUUCAUACUGGAGAUAACCCUCAUCACUGUAGUGUCUGUGGGAAGAGUUUUGAUCAUAGAAGCAGUUUAGUGAGACAUCAGAGAACUCAUACAGGUGAAAAACCUUUCAAAUGCUCUCACUGUGAGGAGACGUUUUCUCAGUCAGGUUCCUUAAAAGACCAUCAGAGAAUUCAUACAGGAGAGCACAGAGAGAAGCAGCAGCAGCUGAUGUUUUACUGUCAGCAGUGUGGAGAGGAUUUUGGCUCCUUAUCUCACCUGAUACGUCACAUGAAGACACACAAUGCUGAAAAGCCUUUCUACUGCACUGAAUGUGGCCAUUACUUCAGCACCAAAGCAAAUCUUGAUGCUCAUCAGAGAAUUCACACAGGAGAAAAACCAUACGAGUGUCCUCACUGUGAGAAGAGAUUCUCACAAAAACCUCAUCUGAAAAAACAUGUGCUUAUACACACCAAUGAGAGACCGUAUCAGUGCAGUAAAUGUGACAAAACCUUUAAGGAUUUAGGUUCAUUAAAAUUACACCAGGAUAUUCACUCUGAGGAGAAACGCUAUCAAUGUUCACACUGCGAUAAAGGUUUCUGUAGGAAAUCUCAUCUUAUACGCCAUCAGAUACUUCACACUGAAGAGAAACCAAAUCAUUGUAGUGUUUGUGAGAAGAGUUUCAGUCGACGUGAAAAUUUAGUGACUCAUCAAAGAACUCAUACAGGUGAAAGACCUUAUCAUUGUAGUGUUUGUGAGAAGAGUUUCCGUCGACGUGAACAUUUAGUGAAUCAUCAGAGAACUCAUACAGGUGAAAGACCUUACAAAUGCUCUCAGUGUGAGAAGACAUUUACUCAGUCACGUUCCUUAAAAAUCCAUGAGAGAGUUCAUACUGGAGAUAACCCUCAUCACUGUAGUGUCUGUGGGAAGAGUUUUGAUCAUAGAAGCAGUUUAGUGAGACACCAGAUAAUUCAUACAGGUGAAAAACCUUUCAAAUGCUCUCGUUGUGAGAAGACGUUUGCUUAUUCAUUUAACUUUAAAGCCCACCAGAGAAUUCAUACAGGUGAAAAACCUUUCAAAUGCUCUCAUUGUGAGAAGACGUUUACGGAGUCAUGUCACCUUAAAUCUCAUCAGAGAGUUCAUACUGGAGAGAAACCUUACAAAUGCUCUCAGUGUGAGGAGACGUUUUCUCAGUCAGGUUCCUUAAAAGCCCAUCAGAGACUUCAUACAGAAGAGCACAGCGAGAAGCAGCAGCAGCUGAGGUUUGACUGUGAGCAGUGUGGGAAGGAUUUUGGCUCCUUAUCUCAUCUGAGACUUCACAUGAGGACACACAAUGCUGAAAAGCCUUUCUACUGCACUGAAUGUGGCCAUUACUUCAGAACCAAACAAACUCUUGAUGUUCAUCAGAGAAUUCACACAGGAGAAAAACCAUACGAGUGUCCUCACUGUGAGAAGAGAUUCAGCCACAAACAUAGUCUGAAGGCACAUGUGUUUACACACACCAAUGACAGUCCGUAUCAGUGCAGUGAAUGUGGAAAAAAUUUUAGGGAUUCACGUCAAUUGAAAUCACACCAAAUACUACACACUAAAGAGAAACCCUUUCAGUGUUUACAAUGUGAUAAACGUUUCAAUCGUAAAACUAAUCUUACAGCCCAUCAGAUAGUUCACACUGGAGAGAAACCUUAUCACUGCUCUCAGUGUGAGAAGACGUUUAUUAGGUCAUCUUCCUUAAAAGACCAUGAGACAGUUCAUACAGGAGAUAAACCUCAUCACUGUAGUGUUUGUGGGAAGAGUUUCAGUCGACAUAACAAUUUACUGUCACACCAGAGAACUCAUACAGGAGAAAAACCUUACAAAUGCUCUCAGUGUGAGAAGAGGUUUACUCAUUCAUUUUCUUUAAAAACCCAUGAGAGAAUUCAUACUGGAGAGAAACCUUACCACUGUAGUGUUUGUGGAAAGAGUUUCAGUCGACAUAACAAUUUACUGUCACACCUGAGAACUCAUACAGGAGAAAAACCUUACAAAUGCUCUCAGUGUGAGAAGAUGUUUGUUCGAUCAGGUCAAUUAAAAGCCCAUGAGAGAGUUCAUACAGGAGAGAAACCUUACGUCUGCUUGAUCUGUGAGAAGAAAUUCACUCAUGCCAAAAGUCUUCAAAAUCAUCAGAAGGAACAUACUGAUGAACAAAUACACUGAAAUCAUCAUAGCAUCUAAAAGUCCAGACUGACCGUGUGCAGAGAUGGGCAUAAAUACAUGGAAAUGUAUUUCAAAUACAAAUACAAAAUACUGUGAGGAAAAAUGUAUUUAAAUACAAAUACAAAAUACUGUGAGGAAAAAUGUAUUUAAAUACAAAUACAGUAUUUUGUAUUUUGAAAAUACACAAAAUACAUGUGAAAUUGGUGAUUCUGUGCAAGUAUCCCUAUUAGGCUGAAAUCUAUCUGGGUCUAUUUCUGAAUGCCAAAAACCAUUUAGAUAUGUGCAACGGCUUAAAAACUUUCAUUUUAUUUUCCCCUGCCCUGUAGGAAAUAAAAAACUAGAAAAAAAAACUAGGUAACACUUAGAAGGGGUGUGCAUAACCCUCAAUUUCCACCGACUGCGGAGCGGCUGCGGAUCCGUUGCGGAACGGCGGCGGAGUCAAUCGGUUUCCAUUCAAUUCAAUGUGUGUAUUUCCACUGACUGCGUUCCGAAUCCGUCACAGCUCCGGCCAUCCGCAGCUCUCCGGCACAAAUACGCAGAGCUUCUAUUUUUGACGGAUGCCGGACAGCUCCGCAGGGCGGAGCCAUGACUUUAUCGCGUGAUCAUACCUGAAUUAGCGAGAUCUCGUGAUGUGAUCUGGGCUGGUUUGUAAUAACGUCAUAAUUCAACGUCAUAAUGGGCGGAGACAGAACUAGAUAUCGCGCGAUCUUCAUGUGAAUUUGCGAGAACUCACGGGUCCUCGUCACUUCAGCACGCAGCCGCUCUGCAACAAAUACGGAUCCGGUGGGUAUUGACGGACGGCCGAGUGCGGAGCCGUAACGCAGCGGAGCCGCUCUGCAGCCGUUCCACAGUCGGUGGAAAUCCGGGGUCAGACUGACAUGACACCUUCAUAAUCAUACAUGACUGUGUCAUGAACAUGAAGAAGAUUUUAUGCACAUUUAUAACAACUGCCAUUAAGUGUCAUUUACUCAGUUAUGUAAUUUUUAAAGGAAUAUUCCAUUUUCUUAAAAGAAAAAUCCAGAUUUACUUAUUACCAUAAUUUACUUAUGGAAUAUUCCUUUAACAGCAAAGAUGACAUUGUUUGAGAUAUCUUUGUUAUGACAACUUGACACAUAAACCGAUACAACACAACUUGUUAUAAAUCAUAAACAAUAAUUAUCAAACUUAAGAAACUACCUAGCUUUGUGGGUUAACAUUACAUUAAACUGUGAUUUAAAUGUCAUUAAGUGUUAAUACUAUGUCAAAUAUUAUUAAUACUCGGUCAAAUAAACAUUAUGAACUGAAGAAUAUUCAUGAUGCUCUUAUAAAACUAUUUAACAGAGUAUUAACACUUAAUUACAUUUUAAUGACAAAUUCAUUUUGUAUCACUGGUAAAAAGUGGUCAGUUAUGUUGUCUUGGUUAAUGUCAAGUUGUCAUGACAAGUUAUGAUGUAUGGGUUAAUGUCAAGUCAACUGUGUGCUGAUUCCACCACUUGCCGCGUCACGUGUGAAAGGGCCUUUAAAGGAAAACACCAGUUUUUCAAUAUUUUACUAUGUUCCUACCUCAACUUAGAUGAAUGAAUACAUGCCUAUCUUUUUUCAAUAUGUGCACUUCAUCUUUGCACAGCGUGUCAUGAAUGUGUUAGCAUUUAGCCUAGUCCCAUUUAUUCCUUAGGAUCUAAACAGGGAAGAAUUUAGAAGCCACCAAACACUUCCAUGUUUACUCUAUUUAAAGACUGUUACAUGAGUGUUACAUGAAGAAUAAAACGUGAUUUUUAAGUGAAUAAAAAAUGAGAACUAUAUUUUAUGGCGGAAGAGCACUUAGUCUGGCGCAGUAACAUCAUCAGUCCUGUGAAGAUGUUACUGCGUGCUGAGGUCGAAAUGCUGCAAACUAAGUGCUCUUCCUCCAUGCAUUGAAAAUAGAUAGUUAUUAUGUAUUAAUUUGUCCAUUGUUGGUAUUUGAUAAAUCAAUGUUACUUGCGGUAAUUUUUGAAUAUUAUGAACAUGUAUAGUAUGCCUGUAUGUAUGGUUGUGCACAUAUACUACUAGAAUAAUGUUUCUUAAUGAGGUAUUAUUAUUACCAUUAUUUAUUUUAUGUUUUUUUUUCUCUUUUUCUCUCUUUCUUUUUCCAUUGUUAUAAUUGAAGACGUAAGCAUUUUGUUCGGUUUGUAUAAAUUCUUUAAUAGACUGGGGUGGGGUUCAAUAAGUUUUACUUCUCCCCACUCCAUUUCAAGCAUAAGUGCUAGUUAUUAUUAUUAUUGAGUAUUCCUGGUCCGUGUACUUUUGCGUCCAUUCAUUUUUCCUUUAUAAACCAUGAUAUGAAAAAUAAAAUAUAAACGGUUGUUGU